UAAACAUCUCUCUCUGCCUAUCAUGCCCAAGUACAACAACGUCAUCGUCUUCGGGGCUACCGGGGACGUGGGCUCUGCCGCCGCCCUGCAAGCCCACAACGAGGGAGCCACGGUUUCGCUAGCGAUGCGCAAUCCCUCCAAGCCCAUCCCCUCACUCGCUCAUAUCCCGUUCGAGAAAUAUCAAGCCGACUUGACCCAGCCCGAAACCCUGACGGCUGCAGUUCGCGAGGCGGGCGCAAAGGCGGCUUUCAUCUAUGGGGUGUUCGGCGACCAGGACUACAUGCGAGGCGCUCUGCAAGCCCUCAAAGCAGCCGGCGUAGAAUUUGUCGUCUUCUUAAGCAGCUUUCUCAUCCUGACAGACAUUCGCCACGUGGAUCCCUCCGAUCUUGUUCCCUGGGAGCACGCCCAGGUGGAAAUCGCGCUGGAAGAAGUCUACGGACGGGAUUCGUACGUCACCGUGCGACCUGCAUUCUACGCGAGCAAUAUGUUCCACCAGAAGCAUGCCAUUCAGCGCGGGGAGGUGGAAAUGCCCAAUCCGGAGUCUCGAUUCGACUUCAUCUCCUCGCGGGAUAUUGGCCAUGUCGCGGGCUCGAUUCUGGUUCACGGCGCUGGGGAAUAUAUCGUUCGACUGCUGGGCCCCGAGAACAUGACGCUGGGGGAGGCAGUGGAGAUCAUCGGCGAGGUCCUGGGCGAGAAGAUUCGAGUGAUGACGAUAUCGCGAGAGGAGGCUGCAGCGCAAUUGGCCGCAGCUGGUGUCUCCCCCCAGAUGGUUCAGUGGCACCUGUUUAAUGUCAUCGACCGGGCUGGUUCGUACCUGGAGAGCCCCGAGGCCCUCACGACGGGCGACAACGUUUUGAGAUAUGCUCAUCACUCUCCGCAACGCUUCCGGCAAUGGGUGCAGGAGAACAAAGCCAGGUUCCUAGAUUGAUUUCUCCCGGGUGCAGGAGACCGACUCGAUUUCCAUAAGUUGCGAUGCCUGCCAGUCAAUGAAUCAAUGAAUUUUUGUAUGUACCCAGAGCGAGGGACUUCCAUUGACCAAUCGUACGACGGCGUAUCAACAAAGGAAGGUGACAGAAAUUCUAUAUUGAAACAUCGUCAGCGAGGCUGCAGACCAAAGGUACUGCAGCCCGUUGUUAUCCGUCCUGUUCUGCUGGCAUGGUAGAUGCCGGAUGUGCGAACGAGAAUAGAGAGUCAGAAAUGAGCGUCAGGUGAACCUCAAAAGGGCUGUAUGGUUCGAACUUGAAGCAUAAUAAAAUAAAUUAACGGACUACGACUGUGGACCCCAUCCCCUCAUCUCCAGUUAGAAUGAUCGAUUAAGCGCCAGCUAAUCCUGGACGGCAAUGCACUGCACUGCCGCAGCCUGGUCACUAGACAAAGAACCAC